UUUUCCUCUAUCACUCUCUUUAUAUUUCUCUAUCCGUCUCUAUCGUUCUUUAUCCAUCUUUAUGUGGGAUAUAUUGCCUCACUGCCACCUCUGUCAAACUGAAAAUGAAAGUAUUACUCAAGUUUGUGUAACACAAAGGCAUGGUAGGAGAGGAAGAACAGCGAAGAACAUGGAAGACGAAGAGAUGCUCUGAGUUAUAGUCUCCAGUGAACUCUUUUAUUCUUGGAUCGUCUCUGUUAUUCUGGAACUAAGACCACUCCAAACAGAAGAAAGAUGCAGCAAUUGGGAGGGGAGGAGUGUCUGGUCCCUCAGCCUCGUGGGAGUUUACCCAAAGCCUGUGCGAUAGGAUUGGCUUCUGUGGUGGUGACGGCCAUCUUGGUUUUGGAGCCUGAGGGCUUCUUCAGACACGUUUCCGCAGCAAUACUCAUCCUGACUGUGGGGCCUUUGCUGCACGGAGUGUUUCUUCUCUCAGAGGAAUGUCUUCAUCAUGCAACUACCAGGUACCGUGGUCGGAGGCUGGGUCAGAUGGUGACAGCCUGUGUGGGUGUAUGUACCCUCCUGUGUGUGGGUUUGGCAGUGCUGCUGUUUGUCUUGGCCAAGCCCCAGCCCUGGAGGGACCAGUGGAGCUUGGUUAUCCUGGCUUGUGUCCUCUACCCUCUACUCAAAACCCUGGGAGUACUGGGUCCGUCUGAGGUGGAGGUGUCAGAGAUCUGUGAGACGAGGAAGAUGAACGUGGCUCAUGGCCUGGCUUGGUCUUUCCACCUGGGCUACCUCAACCUGGUUCUGCCUCGGUUGGAGGGUUCAAUCGCAGCGUUCCGUGCUUCACAUAAUGCAGGUCCGUUUGAGACCAGGGGUUCCAGAAAGCUCCUCAUUCUCCUUCCUCUCAACGCAAACAUUACUCACACGCUGGAGGACGAGGACACCAACAUCCAUUUCUAUGACAACCUACCUGAUACAGAGAUCGACAGGGCAGGUGUCAGGGGGCGUGUCUACAAGCACAGUGUCUACACCGUAUUGGACAAGGACAGACAGGCCUAUCACUGUGUUGUGGAGUAUGCCACCCCUCUGAUGACCCUGUAUAAGAUGUCUCAGGAGAGCAGUGCAGGGUUUGGGGAGAAGGACAGGAGAGAGCAGGUGCUGCUGUUCUACAGGACUCUACAGGACAUACUGGACCGCUCACUGGAGUGCAGGAACCGCUACCGACUCAUCCUGCUCAACGAUGAACAUGAGGAUGACCCUCACUACCUGUCCAACUCCAUUCUGAAGAACCUGGAUCAACAGGAGAAAGAAGAGUUCUAUGUUCCCCCUUUCAUCCCUCAGCCUGAGGUGGACCACCCAUCCCAUGCCCUGCCCAUCAUCGACAACUGGCACCGAGCUGAGCCAAUGAGCAGGGUGCCUACGAUCAUGAUCAGUCAUGACAUGCCACGUACGCUCAGGGAACCGGUUGAGAAUUCGGAAGACCUUUCUCCAUGAGACAGGUCUAGAGAGAUAAACAAAAUAAAUGGCACUUAUGCACAACAGCAGCAGCACUACACCAGGCUGCAAGGUAGGAAGCCAUCUCAAAGUAGAGCAACAAGGCAUUGCCUUCCCCUUUACACCGCCACUCAUUACUUAACAUACAGUGCAUUUGGAAAGUAUUCAGACCCUUUGACUUUUUCCACAUUCUGUUACGUUACAGUCUUAUUCUAAAAUGGAUUCAAUUGUUUUUCUUCCUCAAUCUACACACAAU